CUUCAUCUCAUUGACCGUGACCCAGCCACGGACGGCUUUGGUGAGUCGCGCACGCCUUCCUCUCGAUCCAAUGCCAUUCGGGUACUCACUAUCCUCAAGCGACACUCAAUAUUCCCUCCUGCUCCUCUCAGGCGCGUCACUUAUCGUGGGCUUGCACAUCGCUCGAUCCUUGAACUCCGGGCCGCCGACACGGCAUCCUCCUGGACCACGUCCUCAUCCGCUCGUCGGCCAUACGCUUCAAGUACCGACCAUACAGACAUGGAAGUACUUCGAAAAACUUUAUCAUCAAUAUGGGCCCAUCGUUCGACUAUCCUUAGCCGGAGACAAUGUAGUUGUAUUGAGUGAUCCCAGAGAUGCUGAAGAGCUGCUGGGACGUCGCUCGCACAACUAUUCCUCGCGCCCACAACUCAUCUAUGCAGGCAAGUACCAGUCGAAUAAUCAGCGGAUGGUGCUUUUGCCGUACGGCGAGGUGCUCAAACGGCAAAGAUCCGCCUUUCACCAGAUGCUCCAGCCACGCGUCGUCGGCGCCUACGAAGGCAUGCAAGAAACAGAAUCCCUUCAGCUUCUCCACGAUCUUGUCUCGUCGCCGGAAGACGCGUUCAAGCACUGCGGUCGCUUUGCCGCGUCCCUCGUAUUCACGCUGAGCUACGGCGAACGACUCAAGUCCGACGGGAAGGAUCUGGAUGCUGUCCAGUCCGUUCUUCGGGGGUUCGUCAAAGACACCUAUCCUGGCUCACACCUCGUGGACACCUUUCCCGUCCUCGACCUCUUACCGGACUGGCUCGCACCCUGGAGAUCCGAAGCGCGGAGAAAACAUGACUUUGAGGUCGAGCUGUAUACCCGUCUGUCAGGCGAAGUCAAGGUCCGCAUGCAUGGAGAUAUUGAAACGGAGUGCUUCGCUGCCCGUCUAUGGGAACAGCAGGAGAAGAUGAAACUUUCUGCCGAGGAGCUAUCUUACGUCGCCGGCUCUGCGUUCGAGGCUGGUACGGACACGACGACGGGCACAGUCCUCUGGUUUCUCAUGGCGGCCUUGCUCUUCCCCGAAACGGUCAAGAGAGCCCAAGCCGAGAUUGACUCCGCAGUCGACGAAGAUACCGUGCCUGGAUUCGCGGUUUUCCGAGAACUUCCGUACUGUGCUGCGUUCGUAAAGGAGCUUUUCAGAUGGGCGCCCGCAGCGCCUGGCGGCUUCCCGCAUGUCGCAGAUGCGGAUGACGAGUAUCAAGGCUUCGAGAUACGCAAAGGCACGAUGGUUAUUCCAUGUAUCUGGAAUAUGCAUCACAAUGAAAAGGAGUUCCCGGAAUCAUACACCUUCGAUCCAUCGCGAUUUCUGAGCUCAGACCCCGCGACUCAGGAGGAGCAUGUGUUUGAUCUCACUGAGGGGCACUACGGGUUUGGAUUCGGAAGGCGAGUGUGUCCUGGCAAAUACAUGGCAACCAAGACGAUCUGGAUCGCAGUCGUGCGCAUCCUCUGGGCCUUCAAUCUUGAGUUGCCUGAGAACGUAGAUAUGCCCAAACCAGAGUGCUGCACUUCGGGGAUGACAUCGAAACCCCUCGAUUUUCCAAUCCGCAUCACAGCGAGAAGCGCGGCGAGGUUGGUGGCUAUAAGACGGGAGUUUCUCGCGGCCGUUCAGAAUUGAUGGUUUCGAGGAGGAUCUAUCUAUAUCUGUCUUUGACAAGACAAGUAGUAUAAUUCUUGAAUCCUAUCUCUGAUCUCUUUAUUCUUGGUAUCAUCGGAAUUCAUACAUGGAACUUUUACUCACGAGUCUGACUCAAACGCGAUGCCGAUCCAAGCUCCUCAACCGCACGCGCCAGUUGGUGAUGGACAGAGUGAGGAAGCAGCGAAGCUGGUCGUCGAAUGAUGCAAUCAAGUGGUGGAUAUCUGGACCAAAGGAACUGUUCCUACUUAUAGCCUUGCGUCAUGAUUGUAAGUGCAUAGCUGCUCCUUGGCUAGUC